CUUCUCCUCCUCUCCGCUCUCCCUCCAUCCCUCAUUUCAUCCUCUCCCCCUUUUCCUCCCAUCCCUCCCUUGCUCUUUUAUCUUCUCCCUCCCUUGCUGACGGACCAUAACAUCUAACUGUCCUCUGGCUAUCUCAGUCCGAACCACGCCUGAAACAAGAUGUUCACCACCUCAAAAUCCUGCUCCAUGUCUCCUUCUGCCUCUAUGGACCACGCAGACACAGACAAACUGGACAUCAGAACCAAGGUUCAGCUUCAGGGGGUGCUCUGGAAAAGACCAUUCGGGAGACAAUCAACGAAAUGGUCCAAAAGGUGAGACUAAAAUUAGAUCCUGCACACGACCUAGAACUUUUUCUUGUUCUAUUCGUUGUAAUUUUCUGAUCCGCUUAUAAAAGGUUUGCCACCAGCUAGUGCAGAUUGUCAAUAUAUAUAUUAAUUUGCAAGGAUGGCUCUCGUCAUUAUAAUAUGGCAAAUGGAUUAUUUACUAUCAAUUACUACUGCCUUUACUUUCUUUACAUUUUAUUAUAUGUUUUUAUUGUCUAGCAAGUCCUGAAUCACAUGAAUAAUUUAAAGUUUUUAAAGCUGUGAUUUGGAACUAAAGGCAGAAGGGUCUCUAGGAAAUUUGUCCCAAUUUAUGAUUUAUUAGUCUAAAUAAAUAUGAUAUACAUUCAGAUAUUUAGGGGCAAAAAAGCUGUAGAUUUUUCACUUUUUUUUCCCUAGGUUCUUUAUCAUAAAGGACAGCUUUUUAUUGUACUACGCAGAAAAUGAAAGAAGAAACAUUGAAAGCAACCGAUACUUUAACAUACACCCCAAGGUGAGUUUGGAACCAGUAAUAAAAGAAAGAUUACAAGGCGAGAGGCAUUGUUUAAUAUGAAUGAUUUACACUUUCUCUGGCUUUCUAAAACAGUGAUGUCCCACCUUGGCUUGGCAGUAAUUGCUGAACUGCAAUUCCUUGAAUUCUCUGCUAGUCCACAUUUCAGUUGCCAAAAUUCUCUAGAAAAGGUCGUAGGAGGGCCAAAGCUGGACACCACGUUUAUUUAUUUAUUUAUAUAUAUAUAUAUAUAUAUUUUUUUUUUGCUGUAUUGUAACUCCCAUCAUGCUCAGCUAAUAUCUAACAUAAAAUCCACCCAACUAGUUCUUAGAGAUUAUUAUACUCUCUAACCGAGAGAGAAAAAAAAUUAUGUUUUAGAUCAGAGAAUUACGUUUGUUAUUUAACUUUAAACUUAAACUCUUAACAUCUCAACAGAUUGCCAUACCUGAUUCUUAAUUCGACACAGAUCAUGCUAUGCCUACUUACUGAUGAUUCAUACUGGCUGAUCAUGCUUGAUAAACAUGCAACAAUUCUUUUAUGACAGUCAUAUGUUAUUCGUAUUUUCAGAAAACCAGAAAUGAAUGCUGAUUUGUGGAUUUUUUUUCCUGUUCGAUAAUAUUGGUCUAAAAUGUGAAAUUCUCAAAUUCACAGUUUAGUAAAAAAUCCUGAUAGAGAUGCCUGGUAGACAGUUAGCAUUUCUCUGUUGUAAUAAACUUUCUAUGUUCAUUAAUUAGGGUGUGAUACCGCUAAGUGGAUGCCGGGUGGAUGCUGUAGAGGAGCCAAACAUGCCACAUGCAAUGAAGAUUUCGCAUGAGGAUUUUCAUGUAUGUAUUAGGGCCAAGUUUGCUCUUUUCCCUUCUCAAUAAAUCAGUGUAGCAUUACUUGUGUUCAUUUUUGGGCUGUUAAUGCUUCUAUAUCUGCACAAGCCAUGUUUGGCUAUUGGGCACUGGGAAACCUGCCAUGUAAUAAUUAUUGUAACGGAUCACCUGACUGGGUACCUCCGUUGAUGGAUGCUCCUAGCGCUUCUUGAGGAUUCCAAGCACUCUAGCUGACACCACAACCACCGCAGGCCAAACCUCUCUUCCUUCAGAGCGAAGCAGGAACGAGCUCUUAAAAGAGCCUAGGAGUGAUUAUAGCAAGGGAAUAUGCAGAGCAUAGCAAUGCCUUGUAGCAGAUUCCCCCAAUAAGAGACAAUACUCCUAAUUGAGGGUGAAGUAGAACUGACAGAGCUGUGGGUUUAUUGUUCUUAUAUACACACAUUCUUACACAUUAGUACCACCCACAGGGUUUUGUAAAACAACCAAUAAACACAUACAAUACACUCAGACACACUCCCACACAAAAUCCUCCCCUCUGCCUGUGAUACAAUUACCUUACACAAUGGGUUAAUAUAAUUAUCACAGGCAGGAAAAUACACAGUUUUACACAAUAUCCAUAACUUUAAACGUAUGCAUCACAUUCACAUAAAACUUACAUUUUCAGAAUCAGCAUACUCCAAAUACCAACAUACGUCAAAAUCAUACAAAUUGCUCCAGUGGGUCAAAGGUUAGAUCGACGUCCUUUGUGACCAAAUGAAGCAUGGCUUUUCUGCCCAAAACCAGUUCCACAGAGUCUUCUAUCCUGGAUAUAAUUGGGAUGUAAUCCAAUUACCUCCAAGGACAGAGGCAAAACUCCAUUAGCCACAUGGUAGCAAACGACAAUAAAAUACAUAAAAAUAUAUAACUGUGCAGCCAUUGCAUAAAGCAGGUACAUAUCCUUAGCUUAGAUCUGAGCGCACAUUAUUACUGAAUGGUGCUCAGAUCACAUACAUACAGUUCAAUUGCCAUGGACUCAAAGUCUUUCACAAAGUCUUUCGUUAUACGAAUGGGCUACAUGGCAAAGCUAUCUGGGGUAUCACUGUUCAAAUAGCAAAAGUACCGAAUGACCCGCCUUUCGGGUCUUUGCAGGGGAAAAUCAAGCAUUUCAACAUGGGGCCAUAGUCACAGGGCAGGAGGCUGGCAAUCAGUCUUCUCCAGUGCCCAGUGGCGAGGCUGGUUUCGCCACAAUUAUAUACCGUAUGUAGAAUAUAAUAAUAUUACUGUAAGAGUAUAAACAUGUAAAUAUUAAUCCCACAUGCCAACGUCGGUAUCCUGUCUAUCACUAUAGGUACCCAGACCACUUCAGCUACUUAAAGAGGUACAGGUGCACUGUCCCUGUAUAUCUACUAAAAAUAUAUGUUUUUAUUUUUGUAUUUGGGAAACUUAGUUCCUUUUUUACACUGUCAAUCCCCUUUCACCCCUUCCCCCCCCCUGACAAAUUAGUAUUUCAUAAAGAUAGAAUCGCUAAAAAUUCCAAUGAAACACAUGUUAUAAAUAAAUUACACCAUUAGUGUACUUACACUCUAAGCACCAUAAUUCCCUUUAAAUUAUUUUAAAAAUAUAUAUAGUCUUUUGGUCAUCAUGCUUAGUAUAUGUGCAACUGAAAUCUCAUAAAUACUAUUGUAAAAUUAGAAUACUAGGCGUAGCCAUUUGGUCUCAUAAAACACCUCUUGAGCAGCAGAUAUAGUAAUAUAUAGACCAUAAUAGCCCCAGUUUGGCACUGCACAUGUUUAUAGCUACAUUUACCUCUGACAGAGAUAAAGAAAAUCAAACCAAUAACUAGGCAAUAUUAUUUAGAACAGUCUCUCCAUGUGUCUCUCUUUGUCUGUCUGCCUGUCCAUUUUGUUCUCUUGUCUGUCUUCUCUUUCCGUCUUUUCUAUACCUGUCCGUCUAUCCACCUAUUCUUCUAUCAGGCCCAAAAGCAUAAAUCAAAAUAGCCGGUGAUUGGAGACAUUGCUAAUUUUGUAAAAAGAAAUUAGGAAUUUGAUUCAUUUUCUAGGGGUAUCAAUGUUUCAAUUUCUCGAUCCAGAUGUAAAUUACUGCAAGUGAGCAAAAAUGGGAACAUGCAAUUCACCCAUAAACUGUCUGUCAAGCGAAUGCAACACUUUGCUUCUUGUCUGCAGGGAAAUAUUCUUCUGGCGGCAGAGUCUGAGCUGGAACAGAACCAGUGGCUGGAAAUGCUGCAUGAAUCUGGAAAGGUGUAAGUCUGGCAUUGUCAUCUCUAGUGGCCAUUACUCUGCCACCAGAUAUAGUAGAACAGACUGCGCAAUGAAUAUAUAUAACUGUUAUAACUCUAUCUAUGAAGUAAUUGCAACAGAAGUAGCUGUAUGGAUCAAGGGAUAAAAAAGCUUAUAGUCUGUGAAUUCCAAUUAAACACUAUUUGCAGCACUUAUAAUGUGCCUUUUUGAAGCAUGUGUGACUGGUGGAGAGAGAAGUACCAGGAGCUUUGGCCAGUGUCUUCUGUAGUCCAGUCAGCCUCCCAUGCUUGAUAGCAAAGCUGCAGAAUCAGUUAUAAAGGGAAAAAAACUCAGUGCUGUCCCAGAUCCUCCGGUGUCUGUAUGUGAGGCUGGACAGGAAGUGGAAGGGAUCGCUUCCCAUCUGCCCAUUAACAGCCUCUCACACAGGAAAUACCUUGGAGGAGAAGUAGUGAGAGCAAUGAGUGAUUUAUACAGUUAUUAAAUGUAAAUAAAUGUUUAAUUUAUUAAACUCACUUCAUCUUCUUUUGUUACUUUUACGCAGUUGCUAGAAGUUCGCACAUGGCCUAUGGACGGUAUUUAUUUUUGCCCCAAAAUUUUGUAACAAAUAACAAUACAGUGCUGAUUUUUGAUAUGUCACAUACUCCAUAAAGGACAGAACAGAGAGGGAAUUUCUGCAUCAUUAAUACUUAUAAUUCCUCUAUCUCAAAACUUACAAGCAAACUCUAAACAAUCUUCAUUUUAUGAAAAUCAAAUAGGUGUGCAUGGCAGUGAAAACAAAAGCCUUAUUCAUUUCCUCUUAUUGAAUUAGUGGUGAAUAGGGUCAUUCCAGUGUAAUAAACUAAUCCACAUUUAUUGACCUUUCAGAACCUGGCAGAAUGCCCAGCUUGGGGAGGCAAUGAUUGGGAGUUUGGAAGCCCAAGGCCUGCAGCUAGCUAAGGAAAGACAGGAAUAUUUUGGUUAGUGCGCCCUCUGUUCUAUGAUCUAGGAAACAUUGUAACUUGUAUAUCGUGGGCAGUGUCACGUAAACCAUUACAUAUACAUGAUGUAUGAUGCUGUGCACUGUUUGCACUAUGUAUGCUUAUUUUUCAGUAUUCCAUAUUAUGUACCAUGUGUCCAGUAACAAAUGUCUUUUUGUUGAUUAUUGUACGUUUUGUCUGUGGAAUAUCCAGCUCCGUAAUGUGCACUAACUCUUAAACACAUAAUGCUCAUUCUGUUUAGUAUAUCGUAUUUAAUGACUUAUGCAAAAUAAUGUCUAUGUGGUGGAAAAGAGUUCUAAAAGGGUAGUUAUCACCAUGACAACCAAUGGAAUACUAUAUGGCUCUUAUAACUUCUGAAUACACCAGAAGAAUUCUGUCUGGAAAUUGCAAUGUAUUUGUUUUUGUCUUUAUAAAUCUUGUCUUUGUCUUUGUCUUUAUUUUGUCUUUCUUUGUAUUUGUCUUUGUCUUUAUAAACUUGUCUUUAUAAAUCAGCUCUGUAGACAUUGCGCAAGACAGCCUUCUGAAGAUAUAUCCCAUGUUGUUCUACAGAUAAACUGAUGGAGGAAACAGAAGAACUGUGUUCGCAACGUGAACAGAAAGAGGUGACCCUGAGCGAUUAGCUGUUUUCUUUCCAUAGGCCAGCAUUGAAUUCCCGGGCCUAGUGGUAGCAGUCCACUAAUACUUAUAUCUAGGUUGUACAUAUAAUUGUAUCUUUUUCAGUCUGCAGCUCCCCGCUGCUUUGUCUUGUUCAUGUAAUCAUUUACUGUACAAUUAACGAACAAGUCAUUUUUUCCUAUCAGCCACUUUAAGGGACUCUCCAGUGCCAGGAAAACAAACCGUUUUCCUGGCACUGCCGGGCCCUUCUCCGUCCACCCCCUAUCCCUGGUUGCUAAAGGGGUUAAAACUCCUACAGUGACUUACCUGUAUCCAGCGCCGAUGUCCUUCGGUGCUGGGUCAGGCUCCGCCUAAACCUCUCCCCCGCCUACGUCAUCCAGCGGGGGAGACCUAUUGCGCAUGCGCGGGCGGCGACAGGGGAGACCUAAUGUGCAGCAAUGCCAUGCACGUGCAUUAGACCUCCCUAUGAGAAAGCAUUGAAAAUGCUUUUUUAUGGGGAUUUCAGCGACGCUGGAGGUCCUCACAUAGCGUGUGCUAUAAACCCGGAUGUGCCCUCUAGUGGCUGUCUGCAAUAUUUACAGUUGUAGGGUUAAGGGUAGUGGGAGUUGGCACCCAGACCACUCUAAUGGGCAGAAGUGGUCUGGGUGCCUGGAGUGUCCCUUUAAUGAGUGUUUUUGUUCUUUGUAUUUAGGAGCUGGAGAGGUUAAACCAGGUCCUGGAGUCUGAGAAGUGUCAAUUUGAGGACCUGGUGCAGGAGCUAAGACUAGAACAGGAACAGAUAAAGAGGUGAGAACACAGGCGAUUACACUGAUCUAAUAUUAUACCACAAUCAUUUAAUGUAUAUUUUAUUAUUACAAUGUUUAUUUUAAUAAACACAUAUUUCCCACACUAUGCAAUGGUUCAGUGUUGGAAGUAUGUUUGUAUAAUGUGAAAUUCUAGGUCGAUGCCCCAACAGUUCUUAAUAGUUAUUAAUACAAUAUUAACAUUGUAUUAAUUUAUCCAAUCAGAAACACAAUUCGUAAUCUCUUUCUUCUGGGAUAUAACUGUUUGAGCAAGUGCACUGAUUAAACUUGAUUAAAAGGAAACUAUAGUGCCAGAAAAACAAACUUGUUUUCCUGGCACUAUAGAUCACAAUAGAUCCCUAACCCCCUUUCCCCCCAUGGUGCAGAAGAGGGUAAAAACCCCUUCUAUCACUUACCUGGGUGCUGAUGUCCCUUGGCACUGGCUUGAGUCUGCCUUGGCUGACAUUGGCGGGGGAGACUUAAAGGAACACUAUAGUGGCCUAAAUUACUUUAGCUAAAUGAAGCAGUUUUAGUGUAUAGAUCAUUCCCCUGCAAUUCAAUUGCUCAAUUCACUGUCAUUUAGGAAUUAAAUCACUUUUUCUGUUUAUGCAGCCCUAGCCACACCUCCCUGGGCUAUGAUUGACAGAGCCUGCAUGAAAAAAACAACUGGUUUCACUUUCAAACAGAUGUAAUUUACCUUAAAUAAUUGUAUCUCAAUCUCUGAAUUGAACUUUAAUCACAUACAGGAGGCUCUUGCAGGGUCUAGCAAGGGCUCUCUUUACAGGAAGUGUUUAUGGAAGGCUGUGCAAGUCACAUGCAGGGAGGUGAGACUAGGGUUAAUAAACAAAGGGAUUUAACGCCUAAAUGGCAGAGGAUUGAGCAGUGAGGCUGCAGGGGCAUGUUCUAUACACCAAAACUGCUUCAUUAAGCUAAAGUUGUUCAGGUGACUAUAGUGUCCCUUUAAUGUGCAAAGGCAGCAAUCGCCUUGCUCACAUUAGGAUUUCCCUAUAGGAAAGCAUUAUACAUUGCUUUCCUAUGGGGAUCCGGGUGAAACACUGGAAGUCCUCAUGCAUAGUCCCUCUAGUGGCUGUCUAUUAGACAGCCACUAAAGAUGAAGUUAACCCUGAAAGGUAAUUGUUGCAGUUUCUUAAAAACUGCAAUAAUUAUCUUUGCAGGUUUAAGGGAUCUGCAAAGAUAGGUCCCUUAAACCUAUCUAAAUUGUAUUUGCACCAGUAAAUCUAUCUAUUACCUUGGGGUUUCUUCUCAUGUACAUCUAUUCAUGUUAAUACGUUUCUGGUCAUGGAAUUUGAUGCAGGUUUCUUUAUAAGCCUAGCAGUAGACACUGGAUCAUCAACAUUUCAAGUAAGAAUUUUGAAGUUCUUCACAUAGCAGUACAGUUUAACCUAGAGACGACUUGUCUAAUCUUGUAAGACUGUGCAGCAAUCUGUUUAAAGCUUGAAAGAUUCGAAUGUGCCUUUUGGAUGCUUCAUAUCGUGGUAUUGGCUUUCGUGGAUGAAAUCCCUUCGUUUUCAUCUGAUCUUUACAUUGCGUGUUAAGGAUGUAAUCGUGUGAUGAUCUGUGCAUCUUGCUAUUAAAAUGUUGCAAAACCUUCAAAUACAAAAGGAUUACCAUUACCAACCCCCUUACUAUUUGCAAUUUCCCAUGUAGAAAUAUUAAAGCCUUUGAAUUGUUAAAUCAUUUUUCAGACAAACACAAUUCGAAUUAUGAAUGCAGUUGAGAACUUCAUGAGACCUCCUUGUAUUCCACUGUAAAUGGAGUAUUGGCCUAAACAACCAUUGCCACAUGAAGUUGUUUUGGACACGAGUCCCUUACUAAAGUUAGAAUUUCAUGCACUCUAAGAAAUUGAGACAGUUAAUGAGACUUUAAGAUUCAUAGGAUAACAGCUAGUGGCAUGCAGCAAAUUAUUACAGUCUGUUUGUUUGGUAAUAAAGCAAUAUGUGAGACUGUCACCAGCAAAAGCUUUUAAUAUACAAUUGGUGGCUGGUGAGUCAAAUAAACUUUUAAGCAACAAACUUUGCGUGAGGAGAUUAUCAUACAAGACAUCUUAGAAUUCUAAUCUUUGAACGCAAGAAAUUUGCUGACGGUCUCUCGGAGGUCACAAAUACUGCUGAACCAAUAGUCUUCCAAAAGACUUCUUUUCACCUUAAAUCACACCUGUUAUCCAGGUCCAUCAGAAGGAAUUGGAAAAUUAUGCAAAAUGACAAGUUAUCAGUUUCCUUGUCACAAUUUCCAUUUGAGUUACAGAAAGUGAUUUUAUUAGUACACGCUAAUCAGUUACAUCAGUUUCAAUCUAAAGAUGUUAAAGUACAAAUAGGUUGCUACCAGUGUUUAGUUUGCACCACCUGUGGUAUAUCACACCUGGUAAAUUAUUCCAUCACCCACAGUCAAGUAGGAAGUAUGAAAUCAAAUACCGGAUUGCAUGCACCUCUGAUUAUGUGAUUUUCAAAAUGAUGUGCCCAUGCGCUUUAGCCUAUAGAGGCAAAACCAAAACGAUCUUUGUGAGAGUUUUAGGAAUCAUCGUUCCUCAAUUAGGAAUGCCACAAAGGAUCCAAAUACUCCUUCUGUCGCAAAGUAUUUCUUUUGGUUCAGACAUCCUCUGUCAUCGCUAUAAUUUAUGGGGAUUGAUAGAAAACCCCCCUUGCCCCAUGGGGGAGAGGGAGAUUGAAUUGUUGUGAAGGGAGGCAAGGUAGAUCUACAAUCUGGACACUGGCACCUAGAGGUCUUAAUGAGACGAAACCACUAAAUUGUUUCCUAUUUAGGCAUUAAAAAGUUUCUCAGUUACCUCCUAUAUUGCUUAGUGACUGGUGUUGCAGUGCUCCUAUGCAGUGUGCUUACACUCUGAUUUACUACUUGACAAAUCGAGAACCUGUUCACUGAAUGGUUAUUUUUCUAGGUGUAUAAAUUGUUUACACAUUGCCUCUUAUGGUGUAUUAGUAAAGCUUAAUAAGGGCCGUUGGAUGUUCCACACCUAACUUCAUACUUGGAAUAUAUAUAUAUUUUUUUUAUUUGUAGUUUUGAAGCGGUGCAUGUUACAUCAGACAUUUUUUGACAUUUGCUGUGGCUGGUAUCACAUAGUAUGUCACAUAUGCAGUUGUUUGCCAUAGUAAUUACAUACAGAGCUCGUCAAACAUUUUUCAUGUAAACAGCUACAGUGCGUGGCCUUACAUGGCCCUACCUCAAGUAGGAUGUCAGUUCGUUGAAACCGGCGCACCUUUUUGAAUAUAUAUAUCAUAACACAACAAGAAUAGUAGUAACAUAGUAAAGUAACAUAAUGGGGAUAGAAAGGGGGAGGGUGAGGAGUAGGGAUGGAGGGGGGGGUGUUGUCAAGGUAUUCCCUUACGCAUUGCCUAUGCUAGUCAACUGCUAUGUAUGUGGUGUUCUAGGAAUUGGUUUACGUUUACUCUCAUGUUCCUUACUGUUCGGGGGUGACUCGCCUUUGUAUGUAUCCCACAUCUCCCAGGCCGUUACCCAAAAUUUUUAUACUUGGAAUAUUUAAUGUGACAGAUUUUCAUAUCCGUAUUGGGUACGUGACCUUAGCAGUGGUGUUUAUGGUCAUUAUUUUUUUUUAUUUCAUUGUGUGGUUAUGUAUACCUUGUUGAUGAAGCUUCUUUUCGUGCAAGUCGAUACAUGUAUAUAUGUUUGGGAGAAACAAUGUAUUUGGUUAGAGCUGCUUAAGCUUGUGAAGAUAUUAUGUAUCACUUCUGGGACACUUUUACUUACACCCAGCUUGGUGUAGCCUUAUCUUAUCCUCUAUCGCUCUCUGUACAUAAUGCUAAAACUUUAAUGCUACAUCCUAUUGUUCAACAUUUCUCAGACACACACACACACACUCUCUCUCUCUCUCUCUCCCUCCCUCUAUUUUGAUAUUGUCAAAUAAAAAUCAGUGUGCCCUACUGGAACUUUCAUCAGGACAAUUUAGACCUUUAUCAACAGUAAAAUGCACUUAUUUAUAGAUACAUUUACCACUCACCAGUUCACAUGCCACCUACAGAAGUGUGCAGUAGCAAAACCUUUUGGUUUAUCUAUAAAUAAGCGCUUUUUACUGUUUAUAAAUGUCUAAAUUGUCCUGAUAAAAGUUCCAGUAGGGAACUAAAACACUGAUUUUUAUUUGACCAUAUAAAAAAAAAAAGAUUUGUGAAAGAAGGCCAAGAGUGCUGGCACAACUUUUCAUGAAAUGUAAAUCGAAUCGUUUACCAGGCUCCAUGCAAAGUAACAAUCUAAAGUCUGAGUGCCGGUAUAGUAGAUAACACACUUACUUACUUUCACGAUAAAUACAAUACACAACGAAAUACUCUAGCCUGUCCAUUUCCCUUCAAAAUGCACAUGUUUUAUUCAUGAUUUUGCUUUCUGUUGAGGAAGCAGUGUGUUCAUUAUCACAUAUAUAUGUAACAUAUGGGUAAACAGAGAGCAGCAUUGCAUACGCAUACAGACAUAUAUGUUACAGUACAGCCUGAUUUGGAGUCUGCAGCAUAACUCUGACUGUGCAAAAGUUGAGAUUCAUUUUGUGAGCAAAACAGAUUUAGAGUCUGUUGGUUUUUCCUUGUCUCGGAGUAUCUUCAGAAAGGGCAACUGCAAUUUCUAUGCUGUAAAUAAGACUGAUUGCUCAAAAAAGUAAGGAAAAGUCAUCAAUGUCAAAUGCAUUCUCCAACAGCUCAGCGCUAUAGGGAAAGCCAAGGGUCAUUUGCAGAGUGCACAUUGUCACAUGCAGCCAUUCUGUCGAAUACUUACUGUAUUAGAGAACCUACUAUGCCAAUGAAUUGUUCCCAGCAGGUGUGGCAAGGCAUGAAAUGUUCAUUCUCAUUGGCUAACAACAAGCAGCCAUGCUCUGGAAUGCUUAGCUUGCCAGAGGACCCAAUGUGCCAGCAAGUGUGCCGUAGCCAACAAAUCCCAUUAUCUAUAGCAACAGUGCAGAAAUCAACAUUUGUGCAAUGUUCACACGAGGUCAAAAACAACUUCAUAUAUUUCGCGUAAAACUUUUCGGUGUCUGGGAAAAUGGCGCACUGCGCUUUCCUGGAUCCAAAAAGAUGGCGCCCAGAAGUGCGGCGACAUUCCUAUGCACUGAUAUCAUCCCGAUCUAUAGUAUUCAGUUCUUUGCACUACGACACUUUAAGAUAAGAAGACACCAACCAUCCUUAGGUGGGAAUUAUACUACCCAGGCGCAUCAAGAUAGAGCUAUCGUAGCUCUACAAACUGUGAGCGCAAUUCCUUUUUUUCCCCCUUAUUUUUAAUUGUCACAGGAUAAACGACACUAUAUUUUGCUAUAUUUUCUGUCUCCACAUAUUCUACUAUUUCCGAACACGCCUGUAUCUCAGGAAAUACAUCAAGGCUCUACCCCGUCUUCUUAUCUGUUCUCACUUUUUAUUGCACCAGAUUGAUUUUAAGAUUUUAAGAAUUGCUCUCGAUUUAUGACAGCCUUUUUAAUUCAGUGUGUUUGUAGCGUAGUUUAAGGCAGCUUGAGACCCCUCAGUGAUCCACUGGGCACACUGGUUGAAAGCGCAGCUUUAAGAGUGCAGUUUAUCACUAUUUUCUUUCUGUCUUGUGUUACUGUCUCAGAGAGCUGGAGGUUACCAUCCACUGUCUGAAGGGUCUAGGAGAGGAGAAACAAGAACUGUGUAGUCUGACACAGCAUCUUCAGAGGACAAUGGAGGUGAGUAAAUUGAUUCUAUUUCACAUGGUUUCUUAUUUCACACGUGGACUAAGUGGCUUAUUUACUAAACUGGUUAUGGAAUAGAGCGGAUUGUAAGCCUGUUUGAGCAGGGUCCUCUAUACCUCUUGUAUCUGCCAAAAUGUGUUUCUUUGUUUAUUGCUUGGUGAACAAAAAUGGUGCGUUAAAAUGCUAAUUCUAAUAAUUGCUCAUUUUAAGCCAAAUUAGAUGAAUUAUAAAACUAAAAUCUUAAAUUCUGCUGUACCCACAAUAUUGCUAUUUUGGCCAGCAUCAAUUUAGAUUACAGCGAGUUUACCGCAAUUCACUGUUUAGUAAAUAGGCUUCCUGCAGAGCCUGUUUCUUUGAUCGUGUGUUGGUACUGGAUAGUUAAUGAGUUUUAACCGCAGUGAGCUUUUUUUGUCAGGUACAUUGCCCAUAGAUCUAGAACAGAAUACUACUGGGACUCUCAUAGAAAUUCCCCUCAGUAUUUCAGAAACCCGUAAAACAGGUUUUUACUGAUCUUUAUACUAUCUGGCCUCAGGUGGCUAGUCUGAGCACGGAACCAGCAGUAACGAAGAAGUGGAAUUUACCAAUCUGUAACACAAACGGUUGUGUUUUUUGUCUUUUUUUUUUUUUUUAACAGAUUUUAUUUUUACAGAAACUGUCAUCAGGCAACUACAGAUUUAGGCCAAAAUCGCUCUGCUAUUUUAGCUUCAAAUUUUCCAUUUGUACAGGAUUUGCUACAUUUCUGUUUUUUGUAAAUAACCCUGAAGAUUAUUACCCACCUUAUUUUAGACUGAGCUGACCACACUGGCUGGUAAUCAAAUCUGUGACUGAGAUUCUGCAGUGGUCUUAUCCAAUUGGCUAUCUCAACAGCAAACUUAAAAAAAAACAUGACGUGCACCAUGCAGUGGUUAUGGUGCCAUGAAUUCCCUGCUGCCAGACGCCUUCACUACUAAUACAGGAGAGCUGUAGGCGUCUAAGUAAGAGCUUCUGUUUGUCACGAUUCGGGGAACCCAACCGUACCGGACCUUAGAGUGGCCGGGCUAAGCACACACAGAAUAGUCAGGAAACAAGCCGAGUAAGGGGAACCAGAAGACAGAAUAACGUGAAACGAGCCAAGGUCAAAGGGUAGGAGAAAGUCACAGAGUCAGAUAAACAAGCCAGAGAGUACGUAACCAGAAGCACAAGGUAAGUAGCAAUACUAGCAAGCAAAGACCACAACAGGGCAGGGAGGAACAGGAAAGGUAAGUAUUUAAACCAUCAGGUUAAUUCUGAUUGGAUAAUUUCCAAUCAGAAUUAACAAUCACACGUGGGAGAUAUCUAGACCUCCCACUGUGAUUGAGGCACUGUGCCUUUAACGCCGGGUCAGGUGACUGACCCCGGCGUGUAUAAACCUGGGCGGUCUCCCAGCGUGCAGCGUCAUGCAUGCUGCCGCUGGGGGACGUGGAGGGAACGGCGGGCGGCAUCCGAGGCUGGAAGGAUGCCGCUCGCCGUACCCACGAGGCGGAGGGGACCGCGGACGGCUGGAGGGUGAGUACUGCGAGCGGAGUGCAGCCUCCCCUCGCAGCCGCCCGCGGGAGCCUGACAUUACCCCCCCCUCGAAGACCGCCCAGGGGGCGGGAAGCGGAAGGCUUCAAAGGAAAGCGGGCAUGAAAGGAGCGGACCAAAGAGGGAGCGUGCACAUCGGAGCUUGAAACCCAGGACCGCUCCUCAGGGCCGUACCCCUUCCAGUCCACCAAAUAUUGCAGCCGACCCCUAGAAACACGAGAGUCGAGAAGGGCAGCCACCUCGUACACGUCGUCAGAGACAGCUCGAGGGGAAACGGGCCGCCCGAGGGGACGAGAGAACCGGUUACACAGCAAGGGCUUCAAAAGUGAGACGUGAAACGUGUUCGGGACACGCAUGGAAGGAGGCAGAUCAAGGGAGUAGGAAACGGGGUUAACCCUACGUAACACCUUGAAGGGACCAAGAAACCUGGGGGCAAAUUUCAUCGAGGGAACCUUGAGACGGAGGUUCCGGGAGGACAACCAUACCCUAUCACCCGGAAGAUAAGAAGGGGCCGCAACCCUACGGCGAUCAGCAAACUUUUUCUGAGCAGCUGCUGAACGAGACAGCGCAACAUGGACCUGAUCCCACGUCUUCCGCAAAGAGGUGAGGUGCUGGUCCAAGGCGGGCAUUCCCUUGUCGGAGAACGCACCGGGAAGGACAGAAGGACGAAACCCAUAAGCAACCUCAAAAGGACUUAAGCCAGUAGACGAAUGAGACACCGUAUUCCUGGCAAAUUCAGCCCACGGAAGAAGGCGAGACCAGUCAUCCUGGUGCGCAUUAGUGAAGCAGCGCAAAUAUAAUUCCACAGACUGAUUAGCACGUUCGGCCGCACCAUUAGAUUGCGGGUGAUAGGAGGAAGAGAACGACAAGGAGACCCCCAUCUCAGCACAAAAGCCCCUCCAGAACCGAGAGACAAAUUGAGGGCCCCUGUCAGAUACGAUAUCCUGAGGUACCCCAUGCAAUCGGAACACUUCUUUGGCAAACACCUGAGCUAACUGAACCGCAGAAGGCAGUUUCUUAAGCGGAAUGAAGUGCGCCAUUUUAGAGAACCUAUCCGUCACAGUCAGUAUCACCGUCUGACCAUCAGAAAGAGGCUGGUCUACAAUGAAAUCCAUGGAUAAGUGGGUCCAUGGUUUCUUGGGUAUAGAUAGAGGCAUCAGAAAACCCUGGGGUCUCACAUUAAGGGACUUACAUUGCGUGCAGACCUGACAAGCCUGAACAAAAUCCACUACGUCUCGCUUGAGUGAAGGCCACCAGAACUGUUGAAGGAGGCCCUUGUAGGUUUUGGUAACCCCCGGAUGACCAGCAGUUUUGGCUGUGUGAAAUAAAGUUAACAACUUUUUUCUGUCAUCAGCUUCAACGUAUAGUUUACCAACCGGCGUCUCAGGGGGUGCCUGGGUUUGGUAUGUCUUAAUACUAUUAAGGAAAGGUGAAGAAACAACCAAACGGGUAGCAGCUAUUAUCUGAGACGCAGGUACAAUAGGUUCAGGAGUCGGGUUAACAAAUUCUACUGGUUCAUGCUGCCGAGAGAUAGCGUCAACUUUGGCAUUACGGCAACCAGGUCUAUAGGUAAUAACAUAUUGGAAGCGUGAGAGAAAUAGAGACCAUCUAGCUUGCCGGGCAGAUAACCUUCUAGCAUCAGCAAUAUAGGAUAGAUUCUUAUGAUCUGUUAUAACCAUAAUUUUGUGUCUAGAACCCUCUAAUAAGUACCUCCAUUCCUUGAAAGCUAACACAAUAGCUAAUAGUUCCCUGUUCCCAAAAUCGUAAUUCUUCUCUGAAUCAGACAACCUUUUAGAAAAAUAACAACAGGGAUGGAGGGGUUUGUCAUAAGACAACCUCUGUGACAGUACGGCUCCCACACCUGACUCCGAGGCGUCUACUUCCAUAACAAAGGGAAGAGAAGGAUCAGGGUGGUGCAGCACUGGAGCAGAGGCAAAUGCCUUCUUGAGGGUUUCGAAGGCCUUAAGGGCUUCAGGAGUCCAAACCCUAGGGUGUAGACCUUUUUUUGUCAACUUCGUUAUGGGAGGGCGUGGCUUGGUCACCGGAGUGAAUGGCCGCAUGAGAGCUGAGCUCCGUCCAGAACAGGCCUUAUAAGCAGCAUCCCCGGCAGCUAAGACGACAUGGCAUCGAAAAAACCUCGAGCACAGGCAAACACUACCCCAGCGGUACCACUUACCACGUCCAAAACUUCCCUCCGACGGUAUUUCGGAGAAAAACCGGAGCCGGAGAGCAAAUCCAAGAUGGCGGCGGUAGAGAAAUCUCCCGCGCACAGCGCACCUUCUAGCCCUGCACCCUCAGAAAGCUCAUUAGAGGGUAACGACCUAAAAACCCUACUCUCACAACUACCAUCUAAACUAGAUCUGGAACUGAUGUUUUCCAAGAUGGAGAGGAGCUUUGGGGACAAACUACAAUCGCUCCACGAAGAGGUAAGCCAAAUAGGCCACAGGGUACAGACACUAGAAGAAGAAGGGGAGGCAAGUGCUCUGCAUCUCACAAACAUACAAUCCCUCCAGCAAACCCACAAUGAAGCCAUCCUAUUCUUACAAAGAAAAAUAGAGGAUUUGGACAAUAGAGGCAGGAGAAACAACCUCAGGAUAAGGGGUCUCCCUGAAACACAGCAGGGGGAGACAGAAGAUAUCAUACUCCUACUCACUGGCCUCUUUAACAAGAUACUGGGCAGGCCUCUUGACACAGUCAUUAAAUUUGACCGCGCACAUAGGGCGCUUAGACCUCGGGCACUGCCCCAGGACAAACCGAGGGAUAUUAUCUGUAAAAUCCACCACUUCCCACUCAAAGAAGCAAUCCUGCAAAAAGCUAAGCACCUCAGAGAAAUCAAACAUGACGACCAUAAAGUGCUGAUUUUCCAAGACUUGGCACAAUCGACCCUCAUAGCGAGGAGAGCACUCAGACCCAUAACAACAGCCCUUUCGGACAUGAACAUUAGAUACAGAUGGGCAUAUCCCUUCGCUCUUGUGGUCACUCAGCAAGGGACAACGUACUCUAUCUCGACACCUGCGGAGGUCCAAGCCUUCCAGCAAGCCCUAAAACUACCAAAGGCCGCAGUGGAGGACUGGACUGGGCUAACACUGGGACAGACAUCACACGCCUCUCAGAAAAAUAAAUGGCAAAGAACCCCGAAGAAGCGCAGAAGGCGUAUCCCAUCGGGCAAUGAACAGACCACGUCACCCAGAGGCACCACAAGCAGACCCACCUGAGGGACCCAAUAUAUCCUUUAUUAUGUUAAGCAGACUUCUGAAGCACCUGGAUGCUCUUUCUUAUAUGACUGAAAGUUGUAUGCCGUUUGUCGUAACUUGAAUAUUGAUUAUCAUAUUGUAGAUUUAAACUGCCUUUCGUGCGCCACCGCCUACACCCUCCUGGGGUUCGGGCCCUGGCUGCGCGAAAUUAGGGGAUAAAAACCCACAUUUCAAACCUUAUAACGAGCUAGCAUAAGAAAACACAAGCCACACUAUAGGAAACGCUUUUAGAAUGAUAAAUUUACCAAUCAGAUUACAGGCCAAGUUCUGGACAACCAAGACCCCGUAACCCCCUAGAGGUGUCGCAGAGAGCAGGUAGGACUCACACAGAGCCUAGCGCGCUAGACACCAUCUGGUAGAUGCAUGUUACCCACAUGCUCAUUGUACAUAGCAUUCCAAGUUUACAUCCCCCCAUACACCCCUCUGACCCCCGAAGGUACAAGUGUAAGCAUUACCACUCAGAGGAGACACGCCAUCACUACCACCUGACCCCCAAUGGCUGAUAUCAAAAUAAUGUCCCUAAAUGUCAGGGGACUUAAUACUCCAGAGAAACGUACAGUACUAACCCAAGAAAUAGACAGACAACGGGCUGAUGUCGUUUUCUUACAGGAAACGCAUUUAAAGGGGGAUCAAACACCGAAACUAAGGGCAAAAACAAUAGGACAAGCAUUCUUCAGCAACUAUCACGGGGGCAAAGCGAGAGGAGUAGCCAUCCUAAUAUCACCACGCAUAGUCUUCACCCCGAGUGAAAUCAAAACAGACCACUUGGGAAGAUACCUAUUUAUCAAGGGCUCACUGAAUAACACACUGGUGACACUAGCAACUAUAUAUGCCCCAAAUACCAAACAAGUAUCAUUUGCCAACUCAUGUCUUAGGAAACUACACAAAUUUGCUAAUGGGAUAAUAGUUUUAGGGGGAGACUGGAACAUGGUCCUAGACCACUCUAUGGACAGCUCCACAACCAGUAAAGACACACAGAUACACCAAAGGGCUUUAUUUCAAAGAUCCCUCCAUGCCCACCAGCUGGUGGACUGCUGGAGAAUAUCCCACCCACAGGAGAGGGACUAUAGCUACUAUUCACAGGUGGCCCAUAGUUAUUCCAGAUUGGAUAUGUUCCUCUUAGAACAUAGGCACUUACACCUGUUAAAGGAAGCAUCAAUUGGCCACAUCACAUGGUCAGACCAUGCCCCAGUGUUCCUCACACUAUCCAUUACAGGAACAUGCACACCCACCAACAAGUGGCGGUUAAAUGAAUCGCUCUUGGACGACCCCAGAGUUACUGAUGACCUCAAUAAUUCCCUCCCUAGAUAUUUUCUUGAAAACAAAAACAAAGACACCGCAGACACCUGGGUAUGGGAGGCACACAAAGGUAUCACCCGAGGCAUACUGAUUAAGUGGGGUGCACGUAUAAAAAAAGAACGCCAAGCAAAGAUCAAAUCACUCACAGAAGCAAUAGCUAGAGCAGAAAUGGAACAUAAAACCGACCCCUCAGUGGAGGCGUAUAACCAGCUAACGGCAUUGAGAAUGGAUCUACGCAAUAUCCUUACGAUGCAGGCAUACAGAGCAGUACUUCUAACCAGGGGAACAUACUACGCACAUGGUAAUAGGAGUGGGAAGUUCCUGGCCAGAGCCCUAAAAGAAAAGCACCAAAAAACAUACAUAUCCCACAUAAAGGCGCAAGACGGUAUACGCAAAGAUAAAACUGAGGACAUAGCCAAAAUCUUCCGGGAAUACUAUAGUAACCUAUAUAACCUAGAGCACCAAAGAGGUCCUUCCCAUGACAUUAAAACAUACAUCUCCUCCCAUAUCCAAAAAACAAUAGACUUACACCAGUCAACCAUAUUAGACUCCCACAUCCAGCUGGAAGAAUUGCAGCGAGCAAUUAAAACACUUCCUAAGGGUAAAAGCCCAGGGCAAGAUGGCCUAACGGCCAGAUAUUACCAAUCUUUCCAACACAUCCUAUCUCCCCACUAUCUAGAAGUACUUAACAAUCUACUAACCACUACCGAAUUACCACCCCCGAUGCUGAAAGCAUCGAUAACAAUCCUGCCAAAACCCGGCAAGGACCAGAGCCUGUGUGGUAGUUAUAGACCCAUCUCCCUAAUUAACCUCGAUGUUAAAUUACUUGCAAAAAUCCUUGCCAACCGACUCAAGACACUACUGCCUGACCUGGUCCAUACAGACCAAGCGGGUUUCAUCCCUGGAAGGGAGGCGAGAGACAAUACCACAAGACUACUCAACCUCAUAUAUUGUGCCUCUACCACCAGGGUACCGACAAUACUCCUCUCGGUGGACGCUGAAAAGGCGUUCGACCGAGUAGACUGGACCUUCCUAUUCACCACCCUUGAAACCCUAGGAAUCGGCCCCAAUUACAUACGAUGGGUGAGAACACUAUAUAAAGGACCAUCAGCCACGAUUGGAGUCAAUGGGCAAGACUCUCCCCCCUUUGCCAUAGGUAAUGGCACAAGACAAGGGUGCCCUCUGUCGCCACUACUAUUCGUUCUGGUGAUGGAACCAUUUCUGAACGCCAUCAGGGCAAAUGCCAACAUUAAAGGCAUCAGGGCAGGAGACCAGGAAGUAAAAGUAUCUGCUUUCGCAGAUGACGUACUCCUAACACUCACACACCCUGAGCGCUCCCUCCCGCAUCUUCAGAGCGAAAUAGAACACUUCAGUACAUAUUCAAAUUUCAAAAUAAACGCUGAUAAAUGCGAACUAAUGGGCAUCAACCUAAAACCGACCCAACUCAAACACAUAAGCCACAAUUACCCUUAUCGAUGGGCAAACACAGGCCUAACAUAUCUAGGCAUCAAACUCGCACCCACAACGACAAGCCUCUAUAGAAUGAACUACAUUCCCCUAUUGGAUAACAUUAAAUCACAACUCAAACACUGGGACAAACCCCACUUUUCCCUUUUUGGAAGAGUCAACAUCAUUAAGAUGAUGAUACUACCAAAAAGUUUAUAUACAUUUCAAACACUCCCCAUCGAGCUCGGACGCCAGUUCUUCCGCACACUGAAAAACAUCUUCCUUACGUUUGUUUGGGGAAAUAAAAAAUCCCGACUGGCAUAUGACAUACUCACGCGGGAUAAAAAGAAAGGAGGUGUCGGACUACCCCAUAUGUACAACUACUACAUAGCAGUCCUUUUCACUAGACUCAGGGAAUAGAUAGAUAUAAAACACAAAAAAGCGUGGUACGACAUAGAACAAAUGUAUGCACAGGCUCCUUUACCAUCCCUCCCUUGGCAGACAUGCCAACUUCAGCGGCUGACCACCAUGACACACCCCCUUAUUCCCCACAUUCUAAAGAAGUGGAGAUUACACAAAAAUACCUGGAAACUGUCACCGGGCAUAUCUCCAUUAUACCCGUUAAACCACAACCCGGAUAUAUUAGGAGGCAGAGGGGCAGAUACUAUGCUAAAACUAUGGGGAAUACAAAACCCACAAAUAGGAGACUUGCUGACAGGAGAUACACCCCCUAAAGUCAAGCAACCCCAAAUUACGAGAGGCCACCAUUCGCUCAUGGAAGCAAUGAGAUGCGCACAACUAAGACACUCUAUCACUCAAGCGGUACUACCAUAUUGGACCCCAAGAGGUUCAACCCCCUUUGAGCAAUUAUGCACGACCGCACAACCGAUAAAACGCACCCUAUCACAAAUUUAUAAACUCAUCCAAACUAAUGAUAAUGCUCAAGAGACCCUAGCAUACCAACGUAAAUGGAUGAAGGAACUUCACAUACAUAUGUCACACCAGGACUGGGCAUAUGUCUUCACAAAACCCAUGCACACCUCCAGUAGCCUAUCAAGACAAGAGUCCUUCUAUAAACGUAUCACUAGGUGGUAUAGAACCCCGGAGGUACUUCAUCUAUAUUGGCAAACAGUUAGCGAACAAUGCUGGAGGUGCGGGGGAGAAGUGGGCAGUAUGGAACACCUGUUUUGUCCACUCAUGAGAACAUACUGGGCAGAAGUGACCUCCAAGAUCGAUGAGAUCUUAAAACUACCACACUCCCUAACCCCCUCCCAAAUUCUGCUAGGAUGGCCACACUCCUUUCAAUGUAUGAAGAGUCAGCGCCUACUAUGGCUCCUUCUGGGAGAAGCAAACAACCUUAUACCGGUCCACUGGAAACAAAAUGUACCACCCACAGCCAAACAAUGGAUAGAAAGGGUAGAGCACAUGAGAGAAAUGGAAAUGCUACAUUGGUCCACAAUAGGUAAAUACACUACAUACCUAAACAUAUGGGAACCAUGGCUAAAACACUGGGCACUAGUACAGAAUAAUCCACAAUAGACGGAACAGUAAUAACAAUAAAAGAUACCUUGUACCUCCCCCCCCACCCACUUCCCAUGUAUAUAGUACUUCCCCGCUCUCCCCACCAUUCCCUACCCCCAAUAUUUCUGGGGACACUAGUCACCAACCCUGCACCAAGGUUUCGUGUAAUACAGAAUGAUGAGACAAUAUCAGCGGUACCAAUAUGCAAAGAACAAUGGGGAUUGAUGUAUAUUUGUCUAUUUCGACAUUGCUGUAUAAAAUGUACAAACCACAACCGCAUACCUUACCCUCCCUUCUUGCCUUCUGUAUCCCCGUUAUACGUUGUGAAAUAACAAUAAAACUCGAAUUAAACAAAAAAAAAAACUUCGUUAUGGGAGAUAUGAGUGGUGAAAAGUUUUUUAUAAAUUUCCUAUAAUAGUUGGCAAAUCCUAUAAAACGCUGGAUAGCCUUUAGUCCUUGAGGAAGUGGCCAGGACAUUAUAGCUUCCAAUUUAGCAGGAUCCAUACUGAAACCCUGUUCAGUAAUGAUAUAUCCUAGGAAUUGAAUAAACAUUCUGAUCGAAUAAACAUUUUUCUAACUUACAGUAGAGUCCGUUCUGCAAUAGCCUUUUGAGCACCAUCCUAACAUGGUUAUGGUGUGACUUCAAAUCAGGAGAAUACACAAGUAUGUCGUCAAGGUACACUACAGCACAGACAUGCAAUAGAUCCCUAAGGACAUCAUUUAUGAGGUCCUGAAACACGGCAGGAGCAUUACACAAUCCAAAAGGCAUGACCAGAUAUUCGUAAUGCCCACUGCGUGUGUUGAACGCUGUCUUCCACUCGUCAUUCUCCUUUAUACGGACAAGGUUAUAAGCCCCCCUGAGGUCUAAUUUGGUGAAGAAUUUAGAACCUUUAACACGAUCAAACAACUCAGUGAUGAGGGGGAUAGGGUAGGCGUUUUUAACCGUUAUAUUGUUCAGACCCCUGUAGUCUAUACAUGGCCUCAAAUCGCCCUCCUUCUUAGCCACAAAAAAGAAACCAGCACCAGCAGGAGAGGAGGACCUUCUAAUAAAACCUUUUCUUAGGGAUUCCUGUAUGUACUCCUCCAUGAUCUGGUUCUCUUUUUCAGAAAGAGGGUAGACCUUUCCCCUAGGAGGCAUAGUGCCCGGUAAGAGGUUUAUGGCACAAUCAUACUCACGAUGUGGAGGUAGCUUAUCUGCCUCCCUCUUUUCAAAAACCAAGGCAAGGUCUGCAUAAACAGAGGGAACAGAAACCUAGAGUGGUUUAGCCGUGGGCACGUUAAGGAAACAGACAGGACGUAUAUGAGCCAUACAGUCUCGCUGACAAGAUUCCCCCCAGGAGAGUAUGUCUAAACAACCCCAAUCAAGAACAGGGUUGUGUUUAACUAACCAGGGAAAACCUAGAACGAUGGAGGCUGUUGGGGAGUCAAUUAUUUGGAAGGUUAACUUCUCCUUGUGCAAAACACCCACAGACAUAACUAUUUCCUGGGUUUCAUGGGUCACCAGAGGUUUCUCCAGUGGUCUACCAUCUAUGGCCUCAACGGCCAAGGGUGUCUCCUUUCGGAUCAAAUUCAGGGCUGCGGUUUUGGCAAAGGUCUCAUCCAUAAGGUUGUCUGCCGCACCCGAAUCGAUCAGGGCUUUGGUUGUUAUAGUGGUUUUAUUGACCAAGAGAGAAACCGUAAUAAACGGUCUAGAGAUGGACAUAUGAGGGGACAAAGUCAUAACACCCGAGGCCGACCCCUCUCUAGGCCUUAGGUGCUGCAGUUUCCCUGUACUUUAGGGCAGGCUUUACAGUGAUGCCCCCUCUUCCCACAAUAAAGGCAUAACCCCUCCCUUCUACGGUACGCUCUUUCGGCCUCAGUUAACCCUGUAGCACCCAACUGCAUGGGUUCAGGGGAUGGUUGCACAGGAGUGGGUAACGCUAGCAGGGAAGUACUAGGUAGAGCAGGUAACACCCGUGUAUCCAACCGUCUUUGGCUACGCCUCUCUCUAAUACGGUUAUCUAUAAGAAUCACAUAGUCUAUAACAUCAUCUAGAAGAGCAGGUAAUUCCCUGGAUGCUAUUUCAUCCAGUAUAUAAGCGGCCAGACCCUCCUGAAAGGCUGUUACGAGGGCGUCAUUAUUCCAAACCACUUCAGCUGCUAGAGUACGAAAUUCGAUAGUGUAAUCUGCUACAGACCUGUUACCCUGUCGGACCCUAAGCAGAGCCUUGCCAGCAGAAGCAACCCUACCGGGUUGAUCAAACGUGCGUCUGAAAGCUGUCAGAAAAUCUGCAAAGGACAUAGGAGACGUAUUUUCCCAAAUGGGGUUGGCCCAUGCUAAAGCUCUCCCGGACAAGUGGUUUAUCAAAAAGGCAAUUUUAGAUCUGUCAGUGGGAUAGGAGCGUGGAUUCAUCACCAAAUGGAUGUCGAUUUGGUUGAGGAAACCACGACACAAUGCUGGGUCACCACUGUAGCGCUGUGGCGGCGUCAUGUGAACUACAUGAGCGGGAACAGGUACUGGAGUGGGAAUGGGUUCGGGCACAGCAGCAGCAGCCUCCUGAACGGCAGGUUGCAAGUGUGCAGUAUGAGCCAGAAUGGUUUGCAAAGCUUGAGCAAACUGAUCCAUACGGUGGUCCAAGCCAUCCAUUCUAGCCUCUUGAUUAACUAGGAGCUGUGGUAUGUCAGCAGGUUCCAUUAUGGCCCUGUUGUAAUGUCACGAUUCGGGGAACCCAACACGCUGGCACACACACACACACACAAGGUGCCGUACCGGACCUUAGAGUGGCCGGGCUAAGCACACACAGAAUAGUCAGGAAACAAGCCGAGUAAGGGGAACCAGAAGACAGAAUAACGUGAAACGAGCCGAGGUCAAAGGGUAGGAGAAAGUCACAGAGUCAGAUAAACAAGCCAGAGAGUACGUAACCAGAAGCACAAGGUAAGUAGCAAUACUAGCAAGCAAAGACCACAACAGGGCAGGGAGGAACAGGAAAGGUAAGUAUUUAAACCAUCAGGUUAAUUCUGAUUGGAUAAUUUCCAAUCAGAAUUAACAAUCACACGUGGGAGAUAUUUAGACCUCCCACUGUGAUUGAGGCACUGUGCCUUUAACGCCGGGUCAGGUGACUGACCCCGGCGUGUAUAAACCUGGGCGGUCUCCCAGCGUGCAGCGUCAUGCAUGCUGCCGCUGGGGGACGUGGAGGGAACGGCGGGCGGCAUCCGAGGCUGGAAGGAUGCCGCUCGCCGUACCCACGAGGCGGAGGGGACCGCGGACGGCUGGAGGGUGAGUACUGUGAGCGGAGUGCAGCCUCCCCUCGCAGCCGCCCGCGGGAGCCUGACAAUGUUGGCUCUUUGAGCUUCUCCCUGCAAUACAGGGCUUAGCUCGUUGGCUGAGCAUGAUCAGCUGACACUAAACUGUUAUGUUUCGCUCAGGUGAGAGUGAAUAAAAACAUUCAUAACUCUGUACACAGUCGUGCUGUUUGAUACUAUAGGUAAAGCGUUUGGGACAGACAGGCAGCUGUACACAGGUACAGGAACCAAUAAGGAGAAAUAAUGGUUUAAAAUUAAUGAAUUAUAACAAAAUCAAAAAAGCAAUAAAAAGUACAAGUCAAGAGUCCCAAUAAGCAUCAAGGGCUCAUGACCUGACCUUUAAAUGCCUAAAGCCGAGCUUCAAGGAAGGGGAUAACCCUUAAAAUAAGUACAAACAUAGAAAAAUGAAAAAUAGGUUGGGGGUAGUGCUGGGGUAUAUAUAACCAAUAUUGGGUAAUACUGUUGGCUCAAUAGUUUGGUUUAGGUAGGUACUGAUGGAUUUAUCCCCGGUGCCGAGGUAUGGUUAGGGGAAGCUGUGGUUGGAAUACAGACAGCUUUAUGGACGUCUAUUAAUAUUCCCACACGCCUACCUCCCCAUUUACCUCUCUUCAAUAUCUACCUAUAUCCCGUGGGAAGGGAUGGCUGCUAGUGUCGGUGGGUUUGUUAUAUGAUUAAAUGCGGUGUGGAGGAUUUGUUGAGCCUAUUGAGCCAACCGUCGCCCAAUAUUGGUUAUAUAUACCCCAGCACUAUCCCCACCCUAUUUUUCCUAUAGUUCUGGUUACAGUUGUAACGUUUAACCCUAGAGCUAAUCAAGGUAGGGACUCCAUUCCCCUCUGUAUUGAUGGAGCUUCAACUCAGGAUCCCUUUAAUUUAAAGGAUUCCUUUUUCUAUGAUUAUAAUAUUAAUGAAUUAUAUUUAUACAGUUAUAAUUCUUGUUUAGGAAAGGUUAAGAUGCAGAAUGCUGCACAUUUUAAUUUAAUAUGAUUUUUUUUUUUUUAAACUUUACAAAAAAUGCAGCUAUGUAUUUUUCCUAAAUCUAUAACUGCAUAAAUGGCGUGUUGGUGACUUGAGCGACUCUUUUUUAUACGCGUAAUAAUUGUAAUUUGCAUGGCUAUCUCCACAGUGACUUUGAUAAUAUCUGGGUUUUAAAUUUUAAAUUGGAAAGUGGUGGCAGACCUUAUUAAUCAAGUAUGUGGUGGCUUAUUGGAUCCUCCACUCUUUAAACCUCAUCUGUGGUGUGGUAUUUUUGUGUGUAAAAACUAUAAAGAUUUAAGCAUGCAACAUUUUUUAAAAAAACCCAAGCAUGGUUGCGUGCCCCAAAAACAUCAAAAACAUUAAAGAUGUAUUGGUUCGCUGAGUGUCCCUUUAAUGUUUGAUUUUUUUUUUUCAUCAGACCCAUUGUAACUUCAAGAAAUAGUGAGACAAAUUUAUGAUAAAUGUUAAUUGAGCAACGUUUUUCUGACUGAUUCUGUACUUUUUAAAUGUUGCUUCUGCCUACUUAUAAAAAUCUCACAACUGCAAUGUGUACACUAUGGGAAAUUCACAUUUGUGUAUAUGUAUACAUAUUAGUUUAAUAUUUCUCAGGACACGUUUGUGAAAUGUAUUCAUUUAUAAUGUAACAGGAGCUGUCUGUAGAGAAGCAGAGGACUUUGGCUAUAAUGGAAGCCAGUCAGCAUCACCUGCAGCCAUCUCCCAGUCACAGCGAGAUUUCCAAGCAGGGUCUCCAUGGUAACCUUCAACAGAUCGAGAGCAAGAUGCAGGCGUUACUGCAAGAGAAGAUGCAAGCAGAAAGCAGGUGCAGUCCCACUGAAUGCAGGAAUAUAAAGAACCAAACAAGACAUAUAACACUGUAACCUGACAAAUAUGUAGGUGAACCGCAAAUGUUUACACCUAGCUGGCGGUGGACAUCCAUCUCUGGAGAGUAUGAGUCAUAGAUAUCAUUAGCAGAACUGGAACAAAUCUCUGGAUUAUGUGAUAGAAUUACCUUCUGUAUCUGCAGCAAAAAGAAUAUAUGUUGCUUAAAGGGACGCUAUAGUCAGUGUAUGUGUUUGUCAGUAUGUCUAUCAGUGUAUGUGCCUUGCAACGGCUCAUGAUCCGUGUGUGUGUGUCAGUAUGUCUGUCAGUAUUUGUAUCGGUGUGUGUCAGUGUAUUUGUCUGUGUGUGUCAGUAUUUCUGUCAGUGUAUGUGUGUUAGUGUGUCUGACACACAGAGACAGGCAAAUACACUGACACACACAGAUACAAAUACUGACAGACAUACUGACACACACACACAGAUACAAAUACUGACACACACAUACACUGUCAGACAUACUGACACACACACACACUAACUAACACAUUUAAAACUUAUCUUUUUUAAACCCACCCUCCAGUUUCCUUCCUUUUGCUAGGUGGCUUCCCUGGGGUUCAGUGUAGUGCCUGAGGCUGAUGGUAAUGAGGAGCCUCUAUCCUCACUUUUGCCGCCGCCGCCUCCUCCCACACUACUCCUCUCUUUAUGGGAGGAAAUGACUCGCGGCUGUCACUUCCUCCCAUACUACCGAAAAGCAAAGGGGGCCUGGUCGCGCUGUUAAAGGGCCACAGCGCCCGACCGGGCCCCUGCUGAUACAAGCCCACUGAGUGGCCCUAAGUGCAUUGGACUCCUUAGAUGAUGGGGGGAAAAAAUUGUGGAGGGCUGCAGGGCCCAUGGGGCAGCUGCCUUGGGCCCCCAAAGAGUAACUGGGCCUACUCCGUUUGCCCAGCGUUAAAGACGGCUAUGGGGCCCCCUCAACGUGACAUCUCUAGAUGGAAAGGACAGGAAGGAUGGGCUUAUGGAGCAAAACACAGUAAUACUAGUUGGUAUUAAAAAAGAGAAACACUUCUAAAAUUGAGAGAACAAAACAUUAAGCUUAAAUAACUGUAUUUUGACCUAUACGUAGAACUAAACAUAUGUUGGUAUUUGAAAUGCCUCUGUAAGUCUGAGCUCUAGAUAAAGAUGGAAUUCCCUGUCCGUUUCUUUUUAAAAAUAAUUUUAAGAAGAACAUGUAGAAAUCUUUCCUUUUCUGGACAAACUUGAAAAGCAUGCCCUGAAAUCUGAUUAAUUCAGUGUGCCUUCAGUGGUGGAAUAUUAGGCCUGAAGGCUUCCUUUUAGCUCCUAUUUCUGACGUAUAGAACAUCAUUGAUUGGCUUAAUGGACUAGGAGGGAUAGUUGCCAAGAGACACAAAAAAAACCCAACAACACUGUGUGUAGCCCGUGGGAGAAUUGGUUCUUGUAGUUCUUUAGCUUUCUUUUUUUUAUGUUCAUACAGAUUGUUGUGCCUCCCCAGUUAUAUCCUAGUAACUAUGUGAGUAUUCUGUGAAUAUUCUGCCUCGCUUUUUAACAGCAAAAUAAAAGUGGUGUAUGAGAAUACCAGAAUACAGAAUACCUUAUUGGGAGAAAAGAGGUAGAAAUAAUAAUACAUUUAAUGAUACACACUUAAGGUAACAAAAGAAAAAUAACAUAAGAUUCGCAAAAGUGAUAAAUAGUGGAAAAAAACCUUUAAAGUUGGUGAUUCACACCAUUAAAAAAAAUUGCACAUAUUAUUCACCGACGCUUUGAUAAAUCCUCCGUUUAUAUUUUUCAAAUGUGCCAACAUAUGCACACAUGACAGAGCUUUGUUUCUCUGAAGGAUCAAGGAGAAUGAGGAGAAGUUCCGAGUGUUGCAAGAGGAGCGUGCAUUCUUUAUUUCAGAGUCCCAAGCCUUGCAACAUUCCUUGACGGAGCUCACGGCUGAGAAAGAACAGACAGAGAAGGAGCUUAAGGUAAUCCGUAUCCAGUAGUGUCAUCUCCUGCAUGUCUGGUCUGCAGAUGACCCAAAUCCGGCAGGUGUUUUAAAAAAUAAAUAAAUAAUUUGUUCACGUUUUCACAGUGUUCCAACAUAUCUUGCAUGACCACCGUUUGUACCUUAUGUUAUCAGUGUGUGAAUAUCUUGUAAUGUCAGUAUGUUAAUUAAGCAUCAUUAAUCAGCAUUGAUUGUAAUAAAUCAGUGUUUAUUACGUGGAUAGUCACAUGUAGAACAACAACAAACAUAGUACGACCAUACAAUAGAACCAAAAUGGUAAGGUUAUCUUAGAAUAAACAGGGCUAUGUUAACAUCUCGCAGCUCUUGUAUGAAUAUCGUACAUAAACCAUGAAAUAAAGUAAAUGGUUUCCAAAUGGAACAGCUCAGAAUUAGAAAAGAACACCAUCGCAAAUUUAAUCCACACUCGACAGCGGCAAAGGAGAUUCCAGGGAACACAGACAUUGAGGGGUGAUAAAAUUCCACUCAUAUAUAUAUAUUUGGAAAAGAGAACAGGAAGGAAAUAAGUAGAGGAGAGGAAUGAAAUGAAAGUAGAAGAAAUGAUUUAAAAAAAAAAAAAAACCCCAAGGGAUGAGGCUGGAACAGGAGGGAAGUCAAUAAGGUAAUAUGUAAACAAGCCAAAAAAACAGGAGUGAAAACUAAACACUUAAAUCAAUAGGAAGGGGACAUGGUUUUGAAAUCAGGGAAACCUGGGGAUGACACAGGAGAAUGGGCUCAUGUCACUGAGUGGUACGGUUUGGGUUGGUACAGUCUGGUACGCUAUUUUGAGUGUUUCCAUUAUAAAAGUGGCCCAUACAACUGAACCGUACCGCACCAAUUCUGGGCCCCCUUCAGAUGUAGGUCCAUAAGAAAUGGUACGGUACGGUUACGACGGAGCUACUGGUGUCACACUAUACAAUCCAUUGAUUGGCGGACAGGAAAACGUCAAUGCUCACGACAAAUGACACGCUAGGCAUUUGGUCUAAUCCCCGCAUGCCUCCUGACGAUUCGACUUGCAGUGGAAACGCUCACUUGAAUAGGCCUGUACCAUUCUAACCCUUCCGAACCAUAAAGCUGAGUGGAAACGAGGCAUUAGAUCAGUGCUAUCGAUGCUUUAGAAGCACAUAACGGGCAGAUCACUACUGAGGCUUUUUGCAUUGCAUUGCUUAUGGUUAGAUUCAGCUGAAGGUACAGUUGGACCUGGAACAGAGGCUGCGUGAAGCCGAGGAGGCUCUUAGGAGGCUGGAACUGGGACUGAAUUCUGCUGUCAUGAACCAAGACAAGGAAAAGAAAAUGAGAGCAGAUGUCAGCCACUUGAAGAGUGAGUAGAAGUCUGGAAAUGUACAAUUCCUGGCACGAGCACCGUGAAAGUAAGGAAAUUUAAGAUCAUGGCAGUAUAAAAAGUUGUACAUAACUGGUACACAUUGUAUUGAAAUGACAGCUGUGUAAAAUACACAGUACCAUCAUGAAAUGCAAGGGGUUUUAUAUGCCCAGCGUAAUCAUAGCACUGCGCAGAGCCAGUGCUGUCGGCAAGGACGUUAUCCUAAAUUGCAUGAUUUCUUUGUUUCGGCUUUCACUCGAAUGCAAACUGAGCAGAAAUAAGGGCCAGAUCGGUCUGUCAAUUAAGGGGUUUAUUGUUUCGAUUCUUUGCAGAAUUCUUUGAAGAAUGUAUCAGAAAGUCAGAGAUUGAGGCCAUGAAACCCACCAUAAUGAAGAACUCUGUUUAUGUGCCCAGAGCAGCGACCAGGCGGAUAAAAAGUUGCCGCUUUCAUCACCAAAGACCCAGCUUUUCCCGACGUGAGUGACAAUCAUGUAAAUAAAUGAAUUUCAGUGCUUCUUGGUCCCUAUAAGAAGAAAUUGUAUAACAGAAAGGGUAUGCUCCACUAAACCCAAAGUUACCCUUAGAGGUGGGAUCAUGCUUGGUUCAUUUGUAAGUUUGGUGUAAGCCCACUAUUGAAGUUGAACAAUGUUUCCAUUUCAUUAUAUGUAAAUGUGCGAUUUCCUGGUCGAUUCCCUACUGCAAGUCUACCAAAAUUGAUCUCUUUAAUCCAUCGAGGACUGUUGACUAAAGAUAACCAGUUUAUUCGUUUAUUUUAGACCAAAAUAUCAAAAAUAUAACGGAGUUGGAGAAUUUUUGUAAUUGUUAUUUUAGCCUAAAAUGUGUAACUCUGUUUAGUUUAGUGAAUAGAUCUGAAUUGGUUUUAAUUUCAAAUAAAAGCAAAACCCAAAAAAGAAAAAUAACAGGUUGAUGGAUUCAAAGAUCUGAUGGAAAACCUUUCGGUUGACUUAUGUGUUCAGCAAACUUUCUGUUCCUAACACAUGGCUAUUCUACUAUAGAUGUCUAGCCAGGGCCAGAUUAACAUAGGGGCUGAUGGAGCUGCAGGCCCAUGCCCAUUGCUAUAAAAAAUUUUUUUUUUUAAAUUAUAUAUAUAUUUUUUACUGCUCUGUAGCUACAGCUACAAAGACCCCUUUGGAGGCGACCACAGGUAUAUAUUUGAGAUUUUGAAAAGUAAUGUCACUACAAAUGUCAUACACCAGAUAUAUAAUAUGCUUUGUGGGUAUAUACAUCAAAGCACCAUCACUGUAAUAGUUUAGUUUUUACUGUAAUUUUUUGGAUUUCGUUUAUCACAUUAAUUUUGCAUUAUAUAUAUAUAUAUUCACAAUGCUCUUACAACAGAUUAUUCAAAUAUACUUCAAUUUAUUUAGCACUAGCACAAUUUGAUUUGUCUCCCAGGUUGGAAUAGUGUAGGACCCACCGAUAUUGGGGUACUGUGGCGUAGUGGUGGACUUAACACAAUAUGGUCAUAUGGUGGAACUGAAUAGCCUUAUAAAAUGGAAAAAUAUAUUUUUAUGUGUGUGCUGUUCCUUAAUCUGUAUUAUGUAUACAUUUUGGGCACUACGGCGGCACCAUUCCUACAGAAUACAUGUUCCUAUUGUGCCCCCAAUUACCUUUUUGUCUUUGAGAUGUCUUUCCUAGCAGACAGCAUUGCUUAACUACAUAGAAAAUUCUAUCUGCAAUUAACAGAUCCUUGAUUUUCCAUGUCCAGCUUUCACCUCUGUCUCUUUUUCAGUAAGGCACUCUCAUUCAUUCCUGAUGUCUACUCCUGAGACAUGUGACAACCAGAGCGUGAAAGAAACUGCAAAGACCCUGAGCCGAGACCAACAUUACAGAGGAAAUGUCUAUCAAACCAUGUCAAAGCAGGAAUCCUCCCAGGAAACCGACAAAUAAUGUCUGUCGUUUUUAGGUUUUUUUUCCCUUCCACUGACUAUUAAAGAAUUAUUGGAAAUACGUACUGACAUUGUACCCGUCAGGGGAAUCUACCAUCCACAUCUUUAUGAAGCUUAUUUAGUAUGGUAAUCCAACACCACCAAUAUAAAUGGAAUAUAGAAUGUUUUCUCACAGCACUAUUGACAAAUAUCGCUUUUAUUUUGUAUAAAAAUACUUCACCUGUGAUGUGCUGGAAAUUACUGUGGCUGUCUUCCCUGAGACCUUCCUGUGUAGUCUCGUGUAUAACCAAAUAUACAAUGUGGGAAUAUGGCUGAAAUCUAAUAAUAGAAGAACACAAUAGUGUUAAACGGUUUUGUGAAUAAACCCCAAAUGCAUAGAUUUGCAUUUGUUUUAAACUGUGAAAUGAAUUCUGUUGGAGAAGGAUUAAGUAUUGAAGCUUUCCUUUUAUGCUACAAAAGAUCCAUCACCAGCUAAGGAGAGCGUUUCUGACCCCCAACACAUCGAGGGGAGGCAUUGUGAUAUGCCUGUUAAUUCCUUCUGCUUGUGAGUGCAAAUCUAUCCAUUUCGGGCUUAUUCACAAAAGUCUGUUACUCUAUUGUGUUAAUUUUUAGAUUUCAGUUGUAUUCCCACGUCUUAUAUUUGAAUAUGACGCUUAUUUUGGUUUGAUUUACUGAGGAAAGUUCGAUAACCCAACCCAAAGUGUAGGUUUGAGGAUAAAGGUCCCACAGUGUGCAUGUUAGAAUAAUGCCGUGUGCGGGGGAUUCAUUAAGAGGCAAUCCAGACACAAUUUACAAGAAAACUGUCCUAUAAAUUAUGUUUACAGCACCAGAGCCCUCCUCCAAAAUGAUUAACCUUCAAUUUGGUGCUUGAAGAAGUUAUUUAUAGGUCAGAAUAAUGCAGGUAGAAGUUCAUUUUUGUUUAAUGAUUACUAAGAGUAUACAGUAUUUCUCUGGGGUUUUAAGCAUACAGGAGUAGUUAAUCAGACUAAUUAUAUUUCACAUUUUACUCAGGAAUUAAGCUUUGCACCUAUGCUUGUACAGAGUUCUGCUGAUGACAUCACACGCAUAUCACAAUCACUGUGUGACAUCAUAAUGACCUUUUCGCAAUAUAAAGCAGCAAGCUGGAAAACUGAAGUCAUUUUCACCUGGAUGUAACCCGGUUAAGGUAAAAUGUAAAAAUUACAGGGCUUGUAAACUGAAAUAUAAACCAAUUAAAUGUAAAAAUUACAGGGCUUGUAAACGGAAAAAUAAACAAGCUUACACAGAAAUAAAGGUGAAAAACGUACCGUGUGAACAAAGACUAUCUGGAUAUACAGAAAGCACACUAAGUAGCAAUAAAU